GCAAUUUUGUUCUUUGAUAUUCACUGAGAGAGCAGAUCAAGAAUCAUCGAAGGAGCAAAAAAUGAAACGCCAUCUAGCGUUCGAACACAAUUUUGUCCGAAGCAACGAGGACAGCAAUCGUCGAAAAGCUCAUGAUACCGGUGCGUCUAGUUCCUCCGCCACUUCAGCGGGCAGUGACAACUACGAUGUGUUUCUGAGUUUCAGCGGCGAGGAUACUCGCAGAACCUUAGCAGAUCACCUCUACAACGGUCUCGUCGAUGCUGGAAUCCGCGUGUUCAGAGACAACGAUGAGCUUCGCGAAGGUGAGGAGAUCGGCACCAAUCUUCUCCAGGCCAUUAAGAACAGUAAGAUCUCGAUCCCGAUUCUCUCUCGGAACUACGCUUCGAGCAAAUGGUGCCUUCGAGAGCUCGCCCACAUGGCAGACUGCAUGAAGAGCGUCGGGCACGUUGUGUUGCCCGUAUUUUACCGGGUUGAACCGGCCCAUGUGCGACACCAAAUAGGGAGCUUUGGAGAGACGUUCUCUCAUUUAAGUGAGAAGUAUUUGGAAGAAGAUGUUGCGAAAUGGAAACAAGCACUCAAAGAAGUGGCUUCCCUAAAGGGAUGGGAGUCGGAGAAAACUACUGACGGUUACGAAGGAGAAUUGGUGAAAAUGGUCGUCAGAAAAGUAUUGGGCGAGUUAAAGAAGGCCUUUCAGCUGGUUGUUACCGAACAACUUGUCGGAAUCGAUAAUGCUGUGCAGGAUAUUUUGAGAUUGCUGGAUGAUAACCCUAGUGCUACCCAAAUUGUCGGUAUUCAUGGAAUGGGGGCAUCGGCAAGACAACUUUAGCCAAGGUCGUCUACAGUAAGCUCUUCGACAAGUUUCAGCAUCGUAGUUUCGUUGCAGAUAUUCAAGAAUCCUCGCGGCGCAAGGGCAUUUCAUGUUUGCAGAAUCAAUUAAUUUAUGAUAUACUGAAAAUGAACGACC